CAGUAGUUGUAGGUCUCGUCGCAGUCGGAAAUGUGCACGAGGAAAGCUCCCAACAGCCGCGGGACGAGCAGCCAGCGAAACGCUACCGACUCUAGCGGCAGCCACCCGGAAGAAGAUUUCCUUGACUUCAUCCUCCUUCUCUCAUUCAGUCCUUUCACCCGAGCAAAACAGCCCGAAGUUCGAAGCUCGGCGGUUCGAAGGUGGAAGAAUUGCGCAUGCGCAUUUUGUACCUCCGCCCCUGACCACACCCACACACGGACAGUGGUCAGGUAGUGACGUCAUAGAUCGUCCUCGUCAGCACUUUUCGGUGUGCCAUGUGGUAAGGGAUCGAAGUCGCUGCGACAGCUCUGCAAUGCGGACCAUGGCUCUUGGCGGGAACCUAACAUCGGCAGCUGGGAUUCUGUCUCUGCUGGAAGAACCGGAGCCCGAAGUGAAGGUUUUUGCUCUCCAGAGGCUCAACUUGUUGGUGGACAGAUUCUGGGCAGAGAUCUCUGAGCGAGUCAGCAAAUUUGAGGAGCUGUAUGAAGAUGAAUCAUUUCCCGAGAGAGAACUCUCCGCUCUGGUUGCCUCUAAGGUGUACUAUCACCUGGGGUCGUUCAAGGACUCGCUCACAUUCGCUCUUGGAGCUGGUCAGAAGUUCGACGUCAACGGAACAACAGAGUACAUAGAAACCAUCUUGUCCAAGUGCAUAGACCACUACACUCAGCUGAGGGUCAAACAGUUUGAGGAGGAGUACUCUGUCUGCCGCUGUGGCCGAGGAGAGCAGCGGGAGGGACGAAGAGGAAGAGGAGGAGGAGGAGGAGGAGGAGGAACAGCAGGAGACAAACGAGGUCGUCAUUGACACCAGACUGGAGUCGAUUGUCAACCGGAUGUUUGAGAGGUGUCUCAGCGAUCGUCGAUAUAAACAGGCCAUCGGGAUUGCCUUCGAGACCAGGAGAGUUGACAUCCUCCAGCGAGCCAUUCACGAAUCGGGAGAUAUUCCAGGAAUGCUGUCCUACUGUCAGAAGGUUACACUUUCGGUCAUCAGCAGCCCGGGAUUUAGAAACACCGUGCUCAAAGUGAUUGUGAAGGCUUACAAAGAAUUGGAGGUUCCGGAUUUCAUCAGCAUUUGCCAGUGCUACAUUUUUCUGGACGAUGCUCAGUCAGUGGCCGCAGUACUUCAGAGACUCGCCUGCUACGAUGAUAUACCGGACAAUGUCGUCACUGGUUUCCAGAUAGCCUUUGACCUCUACGAGAGUGCGUCGCAGCAGUUUCUGAGGAGAAUCAUGGAAGCCAUUGCGUCCAUUCUCCCCUCUCCUCCUCCCUCCCCCGACACGUCCGCCGCAACCCCUGCCAACACUGCUACUGCUGCGACUCAACCUGCCACUGACAAAACGCAGAAGAGUGAUGUGGCUGAGGCAAAGCCCGAAGAGAGUGAGCAAGAACAGAAAAAGGACGAAGAGGGAGAAACGAGAGCUACAGCUGAGGAAGAUGGAAAGGCAGCGGAGACUGGAGAUUCGAAGCUGAAACCAAAGGCAGAUGAGGAAGAUAUGGAGGUUGAUGAAGGUACGGUUGAACAGCCGGCUCCCAACCCUACAAACCCCGAGUCACAUGAUCCGUCACAUGACCAGUCGUACGUUUCGAGCGAGCCUGAGCCGGAGAAAGAGUGGGAGCGGCGGCUGCGAUUUGCCCAGAAUAUUCUCUCUGGGAAACUGACCAUCUCCCUUCAUCAGGAGUUCCUCAUCAGAAACAACCACACCGACCUUCAGAUUCUCAAGAACACAAAGGAUGUGAGUCGUGGCUCUAUCUGUCACAACUCCACCAUCAUAGCCAACGGUCUCAUGCACUACGGGACCACGUCGGACACUCUACUGAGGGAGAACCUGGAGUGGCUGAAGAAGGCUUCGAACUGGGCCAAGUUUACCGCCACAGCCAGUCUCGGUCUUGUCCACUGGGGUCACGAGAAGGAGGCACUCAAUCUGAUGGCCUCGUAUCUUCCCAAAGACUCAGCCAACAGUAGUCCCUAUGCUGAGGGAGGCGGCCUCUAUGCCAUUGGUCUGAUUCAUGCAAACCACGGACUAAAGGUGAUGGACUAUCUAGCAAAUGAGCUAAGAAGCAACACUAGUGAGAUUGUGUGUCACGGGGCGUGUCUGGGGCUGGGUCUGGCUGCCAUGGGAACGGCAAACUACGACAUCUACGACCUCCUGAAGGAGAACCUGAUGACGCGGGACGAUGCGGUGGUUGGGGAGGCAGCUGGUCUGGCCAUGGGGCUCGUCAUGAUCGGAAACAAAUCCACAGACUCUCUGGAAGACAUGUUGAAUUAUGCGAGGGACACUCAACACGAGAAGAUACAGAGAGGGCUGGCUCUUGGAAUAUCUAUGCUGUGGUAUGGCCAAAUGGACGAGGCUGACAUUCUAAUAGAAGAACUAUGUCGAGACAAAGAUCCACUGCUCAGAAGAAGCGGCAUGUUCACAGUGGCUAUGGCCUACUGUGGCUCGGGAAACAACGGAGCUAUCAGAAGAUUACUGCACGUUGCUGUGAGUGAUGUCGACAAUGAUGUGCGGAGGGCCGCAGUCACUGGUCUAGGAUUCAUCCUCUUCAGAAAUCCGGAGCAGUGUCCGCACGUUGUUUCGCUGCUCUCCGAAAGUUUCAACGCCCACGUGCGGUGUGGCGCGGCCAUGGCCCUAGGCAUCAGCUGCGCAGGAACGGGCAACAAGGAAGCUCUGGCUGUCAUUGAUCCUUUACUGAAAGACUCGAUACCUUUUGUUCAGCAGGCGGCGCAGAUAGCUUCUGCCAUGAUCCUGAUUCAGCACACCGAGGCGAUGAACAGCCGAGUGGCUGGCUUCAGACAGCACUAUGCCAAGGUUUCCGCCGAUAAGCUGGAGGACAGCCUGAGCAAGUUUGGAGCCAUCCUCGCCCAGGGAAUCAUUGACGCAGGAGGCAGAAAUGUGACCAUAUCGCUCCAGUCUCGCACGGGUCACAUGAGCAUGAAGACUGCAGUCGGUCUGCUCGUCUUUUGCCAGUUUUGGUACUGGUUCCCCUUCUGCCACUUCCUCUCUCUCGCCUUCACUCCCACUGCCGCCAUUGGACUCAACUCUGACCUCAAGAUGCCCAAGCUAACUUUCAGAUCCAAUGCGAAACCCUCUCUCUAUGCCUAUCCACCUCCUCUGGAAGAAGAGAAGAAGAAGGAGCGCGAAAAGGUGGCUACUGCUGUCCUCUCUGUCACUGCAAAAGCAAAAGCGAGGAAAAAGGCCGCCGGUAGUGAAUCUAUGGAUGUUGAAACUUCGGGUGAUAAGAAAGAAGCUUCCAGUGAUAAAAUGGACACCGCGUCGACUACUCAAACUGCCAGUGAACCUGAAGAAAAUAGAUCGGAGGAUUUGGAGACGACAUCAGGGAAACCCACGGGCGAGGACAUGGAGGUAGAAGAUGAAGCAAAGGCUGAGGGGGGAGAAGAGGGUGGAGAGAAAAAGAAGCAAGAGAAGGAGGCGGGAGGAGAAGGAGAAGGGAAAGAGAAGGAGAAGACAGAGCCUGAACCAGAUUUCCAGAUUCUGUCAAACCCAGCCAGAGUCCUGCCCCAACAGCUAAAUGUUUUGAGUUGGGAUGAGAGCGAUCGAUACCGGCCACUAAAACCAGUGAGUUACAUUUGCCAGUGAAUAUUUGCACCCAUUCCAGUCGUAAGGAAUUUCGUGCAGGUUUUAAUUACUCUGUGUGUCAAUUUGUCUGCCUAUUUAAGGAGAUAUUCUCACGAUCUGAAGAGGGUUUCUAUAGAACCAGAGUGAUCAUAUUAACAUUACUUAACUCUGUGGUCAAGUAAAUUAAAUUCUAGGCUUGUGGUCAGUUAGGGAUGUACAGAAUGCAUCGAUAGUUGCGCCAAUAACUCAUCAAGUAGCCCGAUACGUAUUAUCAUGACAGUGACGUCAAUAUAGACACUCUACUUAAUUGGGCUGUGAGCAGUGAAGGGUUUCAAUCCAGCAUAUGUGCUUACCGGCCCUUGAGGGUUAAAUUCUACGGUGUUACCGUGGGUUAUGUAAUAGG